GCAGCAGAUCUUCCAUUGCAUUCUUCCUUCUUCCAACACGCAACAACCACAGCUGUGGCAUUCUCACAAUUUCUCACAAAUUUUAUAGUGGGCUUCUCUUGACUUUUUGUUCCUCUCUCCAAUCAACUAAUAAGUGGUGUAACCAUGUUCCGAACACGCGCCCUCGCACGAACUCUGAAGCCCUUGGGUGACCGAAUUUUGGUCAAGAGAGCUCCCAAGGAAGUUCAGACUGCCAGUGGUAUUUAUCUCCCUACCGACAAGACCAAAGAUCCCAAUGAAGGAGAAGUGGUGGCGGCUGGACCCGGGGAACGUGAUGUGACCGGCACUCUUCACAAAACAAGCCUCCAAGCAGGUGAUAAGGUUCUUCUUCCGGAAUAUGGAGGAAGCAAAGUCACAAUUGAGGACCAGGAAUUGUUUCUCAUCCGAGAAUCGGAUAUUUUGGGAAAAUUUGAGUAAAGGCAAAAAGAUUAAAGAAUAGAAGUGGAUGAAAUGACAAACCUGGAUAUUGGAUAUGUGAUGAUGAUGAUGAUGAUGAGGAUGAGCAAAUAUGGAUUGGUGUUUUGGUUUGACGGUGGGAAGAAUUGGUGAUUGAUGGAUUUUUCAAAAUACUCAAACAAUCAACUGGAAUGCAUCCUCCUUGAUGACAUUACAUCUUCCCCUGACGAAUGUACGACUGUACUUAGAAAUCAAAGGCGGUUUGAAUAAUUGAAUCCUUACUCUCCGAUGGAAGCAUUCUUUG